UUUGGCCGAAGCGGCCGCCGCGAGAGGAAACUUUGCUCGGGGGGCCGGAGGCGGGGGAAGGAGCCGCGGCACGCUCGGGUCCGGCGAGGGGGCUCCCGAGAGGCUCCCCCCGGGCCAGGCCGGGCUGCGGCGGCCGGGAUGUACCUGUCAGCGGCGGGGAGGAGGCGCCCGGGCUGGCACCUGGCGGCGGGGUGGCUGCUGCUGCUGGCCCUGCUGCUGGGCGAGUCGGGGACGCGGGCGCUGGUCUGCUUACCCUGCGACGAAUCCAAAUGCGAGGAGCCCAAGAGCUGCCCCGGCAGCAUCGUGCUGGGGAUCUGCGGCUGCUGCUUCAUGUGCGCUCGGCAGCGCAACGAGAGCUGCGGGGGAGUCUACGGGCUGCACGGGGCUUGCGACCGGGGCUUGCGCUGUGUCAUCCGGCCGCCGCUCAACGGGGACUCCAUCACCGAGUACGAAGUGGGCGUCUGCGAAGAUGAAAACUGGGAUGAUGAUCAGCUUCUUGGAUUUGAACCAUGCAAUGAAAACCUUAUAACAGGUUGUAACAUAAUCAACGGGAAAUGCGAAUGUGACACCAUUCGGACCUGUAAUAAUCCAUUUGAAUUUCCAAGCCGGGAUAUUUGCCUGUCGGCCUUAAAAAGGAUUGAAGAAGAGAAACCCGAUUGCUCCAAGGCCCGCUGUGAGGUCCAGUUUUCUCCUCGCUGUCCAGAAGAUUCCAUCUUGAUUGAAGGUUAUGCUCCUCCCGGUGAAUGCUGUCCACUACCGAGCCGUUGUGUGUGUAAUCCUGCAGGCUGCUUGAGGAAGGUUUGCCAACCUGGCUAUUUGAACAUAUUGGUUUCAAAGGCAUCGGGAAAGCCAGGGGAAUGCUGUGAUCUCUAUGAAUGUAAACCAGUGUUCAGUGUGGAUUGCAGCACAGUCGAAUGUCCUCCCGUUCAACAAGUUGUUUGCCCACUGGAUAGCUAUGAAACUCAAGUCAGGCUGACGGCUGAUGGCUGCUGUACCCUGCCCACAAGAUGCGAGUGUCUCUCUGGUUUAUGUGGUUUCCCCAUGUGCGAGGCAGGCUCCGUUCCCCAGAUAGUCUCACGUGGAGAUGGAACGCCUGGCAAGUGCUGUGAUGUCUUUGAAUGUGUCAAUGAAGUGAAGCCAACUUGCAUAUUUAACAGCAUGGAAUAUUAUGAUGGAGACAUGUUUCGAAUGGAUGCUUGUCGUUUCUGCCGAUGCCAAGGUGGAGUGUCUAUUUGUUUCUCUGCCCAGUGCGGCGAGCUACACUGCGACAGGUACUACGUACCAGAAGGAGAGUGCUGCCCAGUGUGUGAAGACCCAGUUUAUCCAGUAAAUAACCCCGCUGGCUGCUAUGCCAAUGGUCAAAUCCAGGCCCACGGCGACCGCUGGCGGGAGGAUGACUGCACUUUCUGCCAGUGCAUCAAUGGAGAUCCGCACUGCGUUGCAACAGCCUGCGGGCAGAGUUGCCUCAAUCCAGUUAAAGUCCCUGGGGAGUGCUGCCCGGUGUGCGAAGAACCAACCUACAUCACAAUAGGACCGCCCACCUGUGAGGUUUUGGUGAACUGCACUUUGACUGAAAAAGACUGUAUCUAUAGUUUCAAAUUGGAUCAAAAUGGUUGCCGCAUUUGUCAGUGCAAAACUAGGGAGGAGCUGUGCACCGGCCUCAUAUCGGGCUGUUCCUUGGACUGUUCCUUCGGCUUCCAGACUGACAUCCACAACUGUGAGAUCUGUCAGUGCCGACCACGGCCUAAGAAGUGCAAACCCAUUGUAUGUGACAAAUACUGUCCGUUUGGAUACUUGAAGAACAAGCAUGGCUGUGAGAUCUGUCGGUGUAAGAAAUGCCCAGAACUGCCUUGUGGUAAGAUCUGUCCAAUGGGCUUCCAGCAAAACAGUCACGGCUGUGUUAUCUGCAAGUGCAGAGAGGCAACCGCUUCUCUCAUGCCUCCUGUUAAAACAGGCUCUUGCCUGUCAAUGGAUGGGCGCCGACAUGAGAACGAGGAGAGCUGGCAUGAUGGCUGUAGGGAAUGUUACUGUCACAAUGGACGGGAAAUGUGUGCCUUGAUCACCUGCCCCGUUCCUAAUUGUGGCAACCCCACCAUACAUCCAGGGCAGUGUUGCCCAUCAUGUCCAGAUGAAGUAAUUGUGCAGAAGCCAGAAUUCACCAGUCCAUCAAUCUGUCAUGCUCCUGGUGGGGAAUACUUUGUAGAGGGAGAGACGUGGAAUAUUGAUUCUUGUACACAAUGUACAUGCCACAGUGGACGUGUUCUGUGUGAGACUGAAGUCUGUCCACCUCUUCUUUGUCAAAACCCCACCCGCACGCAGGACUCCUGUUGUCCACAAUGCCCAGAUGAGCCUCUUCAGCCCUCUUCAUCAAGCAAUGAGAGUAUGCCCAGUUAUUGCAAAAACGAUGAAGGAGAUAUUUUCCUGACAGCUGAAUCCUGGAAGCCCAAUGUCUGCACUAGCUGCGUCUGCAUGGAUGGUGUGAUUCGAUGCUACUCUGAGUCUUGUCCACCGGUGUCCUGUGAGAGACCUGUUUUGAGAAAGGGACAAUGUUGUCCUUACUGUAUUGAAGACGCAGUUCCAAAGAAAGUGGUCUGCCACUUCAGUGGAAAAACAUACGCAGAUGAGGAACGCUGGGACAUUGACAGCUGCACACACUGCUACUGCCUGCAGGGUCAGACUCUCUGUUCCACUGUCAGCUGCCCGGCCCUCCCCUGUGCUGAACCCAUCAAUGUGGAGGGAAGCUGCUGUCCCAUGUGUCCAGAGAUGUAUGUGCCUGAACCUACUAACAUCCCUAUUGAGAAGACAAAUCAUCGAGGAGACAUGGAACUAGAAGUACCAAACUGGCCGACGCCGAGUGAAAAUGACAUCAUUCACAUUCACAGAGAUAUGAGUCAUCUGCAAGGAGAGUACAGAAGUGGCAGUGGACCACACCCAAGUGAAGAUGCAUCAGUUAGCUCUGUUGCCUUGGUGACAAUUCCAAUCACGAUAGCGCUGUUACUCAUCAUCGUCCUUUUGCUCGUCAAUCAGAAAAAGCAGUGGAUUCCAGUGUCCUGCUACAAAGCUCCAACAAAGCCUUCAUGCCUAAACAAUCAACUGGUAUAUGUGGACUGCAAGAAAGGUACCAUGGUCCAGGUGGACAGUUCUCAGAGGAUGCUAAGAAUUGCAGACCCAGAUUCAAGAUAUAGUGGAUUUUACAGCAUGCAGAAACAGAACAACCUACAGGCAGAUAACUUCUAUCAAACAGUUUGAAGAAUUGCACCCUUACCAAGGAUAUAAGAAAGAAAGAGAGACAAAGAAAGAGACUAAGUCUGCUAUUAAAAUAAAACUAGAAUUGUGCACUUGCUUAGUGGAUUGUAUUGGAUUUGUGACUACAUGUACAGCUCUAAGACCUUACUGGGAUGAGCUCUGACUCCUGCAAUGUGCCAGAAAAAGCAUUCCCACUUUUCCUUGAGAUAACUGACCAAGUGUUUUCUUAGAACCAAAGUUUUAAAACUUGUUAAGAUGUAUUUGCUUGUAACAUAGCUAUAGAGGUUUUUUGGGAGGGGGAAUCAGGGGCUAGGGGUAGGCAAGGAGGUAAAAGGAAGCUUCAGAGCAGAAAAGCUGGUCAUCCUUGGCUGGAGAAGAAAAUGCAUAAAGAAUACUGCCGAGCAGCAGGAUAGUGUUUUUUCUUGUUGCUCUGACAUUGCAUCUGUUGCAGCAAAGCCUAACCCCAGGUGAAAAAAAAUAUUAAAAGGUCUGAUUUUUUUUUUCCAGCUGUUGCUACAGUAAUAUACUCCUAGAACAGAAAUUGUCACAUCACAGGUGUGGUGUAGCUGCAAAUAUUUUUCUAUAUGAUGAGAAGCUGCAGUAGUUAAUGAAAUAGUGAGGAAAAGAUUAUAGCAGAUAAUAAAGGGUGGGUUUAUUAAGGAUGUAUAAAAUUAUAUCUUGUGCUGCUUUUUGUUUUUAUUUUUGUUUUCUUCAAAGCUGAUUGGCUAGAUUAGCCAGACUUCGGCAGAGUUAGGAAAUGACUGAGGCCUAAGUAAUUCCUGAUAUGAGCACUGGAUCUUUUGACAGCAGUAUUGAAGGAAGGAAGGAAAAGUCAAGAACACCAUGCAGUUCCAGGGGCUUUUGUUUGUUUGUUUUGUCUGUUGUGGUUUUGUUUUGUUAUUUUAUAUCAAUCUGGUUGUUCAUACAGGAGAAGGAAAAAAUAUUUUUGUUGGACAAAGCUCUUGCUUACAAGAGAGUAAAAAAGAGACUGUUUUAAGGUUGUUGGUUUUUUUUUCCUGUUGAUGUUCUUAUUUACUGGUAUGCAGAUUUAGAAACUACUUCCAUGCUAGGAAGCUGCUUAAAUUUAAUUGUAUAUUGCUCAAGCACCUUUUUUGAAGCUCAGAAAAAAAAAAAAGGAGAUCAUGCUUCUUUAAACUUUAGCAUUAUAGGAGUAUUUAUGUAAAUAUAAUUAUGCUAAAAACAACAAAAAGUAUUUGUAUGUUUGUAUAUAUAUAUGUAUAUACAAAUGCAUGUAGGUAUACAUAUGUAUAGAUACGUGCAUGUGUAUAUACACUCUACAUAUAUAUACUGUAUGUAUAAAAUACUAUGUAUACAGUAUAUAUUUUUUCUAUUUUUUUUUCCGGUUGAAUGUAUUUUUAUCUGAGAGAGAUUUUACCCAGAUCAGAAACAGAUAAACAGGCAUUCCAUAUCGAUGCUUAAUCGCUUGUGAGUUUAGGAGAGACAAGAAAAGAGCAUCUCAUUCUACCUACAGUUUGAUUUGAUUUUGAAAGUGUUUGUGUGUGUGCGUGUGUGUGUGUGCACUCUUGUGUUUGCGUGUGUACAGUUCGUGCACGAUUAUAGCAGUAAGCGUUGCUCUUGCUACUUGCUACAUUUCAGGGUGUUUCUUAUUUUUCUUUUCCUGCUUAGCCUUAAAAAGGCUUUUUAAUGAAUGCAUUGGCUAGAGACACUGAUGACAAUAUACGUGCAGUACUAAUCAGCUCCAUAGAAUAACACCGUCAGCUCCUGGAUUUUCUUUUUUUUUUUUCCUUUCUUUCCUUUUUUUUUUUUUUUCAAACAAUUGUUUGAAACAACUACUGGAAUAUUGUCCACAUUAAGCUGGAAGUUUGUUGUAGCUUGCCUCAUUUAUAACUCUGACUGUAUAAUACAAUGUUAACUUUCCAAACAGGUCUUGGCACUUUUAUACUAAUUACCCAUUUGUGCAUUGCCUUUUUUCUUUUACAAAUGCUUGUCAUAAGAGACACAGAUACCCAGUAUGCUUAAUGUGAAAAGAAAAUGUAUUUUUUGUAAAGGAACUCUCAAGUAUUGUUGUAAAUACUUGGUCAGAGGUUGCUGAACUUUAAAACUGAAAAAAAAAAAAACCUAAUUUAUUAUUAUAAUGACCUAAUUUAUUAAUCUGAAGAUUAACAAUUUUUUUGUUUUAGAAUAUCAAAAAGGUGUUCUAGAUGUUUGCAUCAAAGAAAAAAAAUACGUGUAUCAUUAAGGGUCAGCAUUUUUUCUGCUUAUGUAACUUCAGUUUCCAACCACCAAUAAGAAAAAAUGUAGUCUCCCCAGUGUUUCUUACUCAAUCUGAUAUUGAAACAGAGAUGUUUCUGUCCAGUUAAUACACAGAUUUUGUCAAGACAAAACAUCCAUUUUUUGCAUAAGAGUAAGCAGUCUUUAUCCAGAAAUUGUAAAUGCUUGCUUAUGUUUUACAAUCAAGGCCAUAUUCUGAAAAUAUUAGCAGGAUAUAGGACAUGGUGUAAAAUGUUUUUUAUUAUUAUUAUUUUAUUAUUAUUAUUUUAAAGAUAUGAUUUAUCCUAUGUGCUGUAUCCAUUACACUCUUUUACUUUGGUUCCUGUUGUGCUCUUGUAAGAGAAAUGCAGAUAUAAUUUUCUGAAAAAUAGAUGCAUAUGUGGCACUCGGAGUGCACUGCGGUUCAGCAGAUUGCUUGUUUACUUUUUUAACUGUAAGGCGGUUUCUUGUAAUUUGGCUCUUGGCAGCACAAUAAAAAA